AUGGCUGAGGAGGAUCUGAGGGGUCCCAGCACCCGUUUCUCCCUCUCCUUCUCAGGCAGUGGCUUCCUUGCCAUGUACCAGGUUGGGGUGGUGCAGUCUCUCCUGGAGCUGGCUCCUGAGCUCCUCAAAUCUGCCUCCAAGGUCUACGGCUCCUCCGCCGGUUCCCUCAUCGCCGCCGCCGUCGUGUGCAACAUCAGCCUCGAUAACUUGAAGGAAUAUUUCUUUACCCUGACCACGGAAGCCAGGAAAACCAUCCUGGGCCCUCUGUCUCCCAAGUGCAGCUUGCUGGCCACUAUCAGGGUCUUUCUGCAGAGGACGCUGCCAGAGGACUCUUACCAGGUGGCUUCAGGGAGGCUGCACAUCUCGCUGACGCGGGUGGUGGACGGCCAGAACGUCAUGGUCUCUGAGUUCAGCUCAAACGAGGAGCUCAUCCAGGCUCUCCUCUGCAGCUGCUUUCUUCCUAUCUACUGUGGAUUCAUCCCUCCAUCCUACCGAGGAGUGAGAUACGUUGAUGGAGGAUUCACUGGCCUGCAGCCUGUCUCCAGCUUGGAGGAAGCUGUGAUCACCGUCUCCCCCUUCACAGGAGAGCUGGACAUCUGCCCACGGGAUUGUCCUGCAAUCUUCUUCUGCUUCCAGAUCUUCAAUGGCAGCAUUCAGAUCUCAAUAGAAAACCUCUGCAGGAUUAGCUAUGCUCUCUUCCCACCUAGCAGCAUGGUCCUGGACGACAUUUUCUCCCAAGGCUACCAGGACACUGCCCUUUUCCUGUACAGGAACAAUGCCUUUGGCUUCAACUACUUCGACGGCAAUUUCCGCUUCUCCAUCAUGUGCGGGAAGAAGGACCCGGCACGGCCCAAGGGGGGACACAGCCCAGCCCAGCUCCCUGCUUCCUGCCAGGUAGAGGAUUUGGGGCACUGA